AUCUGGGUAAUGGUUGUAAUAUAGAGCAGGACAGAAUUACUAGAUUGGAUGUGGGGAUUAUAAUAAAAAGGAAAUGGUUUCAAAGGCUAGAAACACAUGUUUUCUGGGGUAUCAUGGCUGUCUUUAUUCUGUAGACACUUUAUCGGCAAGAAUGUGUGAGUUUUACUUUACCAAGGGAGUGUGAAAUAGAACUGGAGAAGUCCAAAAUUGAUGCUCAGUGGUUUCUGUGCCCCUGUUGGGGGAGCUGAGACGUGUCCCUCUCAAAGGGUUGGGAGCACUUGUAGCUAGCCUCUCCCAGCACAGUGGACGUUGGCCUUGUUGUGUAGGAAGAUAGCAGAUGGUGCCAAAGACAGUAAUGCCUAGCCCUUGAGGUGAAAGGUAAGUCUGGGGGGCGGGGCACAUCAGACAGACAACUGGAUAAAGAUUAGCUGGUGCCAGGUUUGUCCCUGUCUGGGCACUGUUCCCACACUUGGGAACCAGACCUUGUGGAUGAGAACAUGCCAUUCUUCCUGCCAGAUUGAUAACUUCCUCCCAACCAGGGUCCUUACCUGGGCAGGAAUACAUAGAGUUGCUGCACAUGCAGCAUCUCCCUCCAGACUGCUUGUCAAACCACCCUGUAGCUCAGGGUCAAGAGCGUGGUCUUGGGAAGGUGGAGCACCGGGCUGUUCCACAGCAGCUGCCCCUCUCCCCUGAAUUCCAUGAUGAAAGCCUGCAUGCUUGUAGGUGUGCUGGUCAUUGUAGGCUUUGCAGUGGGAAAGGCUCGUGUUUCUGAUGGGUCCUGCCACUUCUGCCUCUUAGAAGACCUUGCAGUGGGAUGCGUUUCCAGCUUAGAGAAGUGCACCAUCAGCAGUUCCUCCCCAUGCAUGGUGAUCACCAUCUACCAAGACAUUAAGGCUCACUUCAGCAUCCGAGGCUGUGGACAACACAACUACCGCUGUCAAGAAAAAUGCAACACCUGUGUGUCAGAGUAUUGAUGUCAGGCCCAGUGCUGUCAGUACAACUACUGCAGGGCCAGGGCCCAGCUCCAGAGCUCCCUGCCUGAGUCCCCCAAGAGGACUCUGCCCCUGACCACCUCCCAGGUGUGCCAGUGUUACCAGGUCUUGAACUUUUUAUUGUCCCUGCUGAGCUUCCCAGCUGGGAAGGAACCUGAGGGCCUGGGCCUCCUGGUCACCCUGUCCUUAGAGCUGGGCUUGUCCAUUGCUGACCUGUACCACAUGUGCUUGUUCCUCAACAUUUCUGGACUUCUGGUUCUUCCCCAGGCAGUACCCUGACUGCUUCUGUGCAUGAACACCUGGCCCCUAUACUGCCCUUGGAGAACACACAUCUGGGUUGUAGGAUCCCUUAGGCCUCCCCUUAUACCUCCAGCUUCUUUCUCCUAGAAAAGAGUAUCAAGUAUGGAUUCUAUCCUGGCUGACCCAAGAAAAGCACAGAUUCCCAUGAGUGAUUACCAUUUCCCAGUCCCUUUAUUCUGAUCACCUGCCACUGCCCCUCAGACGUAGCCUGUCCUCAUCACAGGCCUGUCUCUAGACUGACAGGUACCUUGCAGCAGGAUUUCCUGUAUCACAACUCAUUUCACACACUUACCAGCCUCUCCACCCAGGUCUGCUGGCCAGGCCUCAUCAGUUUCUGGCCUUCUCAGCCUCUUGGCACUGUGAGUGCUGACACCCAUGUCCAUUGGUUCCUGAUGAGAAGAGAGGGUUAGGGUCUGUCCUGCUCUGCUCUGCUUUGCAUACCACUUGGCCUCCACAAUAAACCAGGAGUAGGUUAAAUGUGUGUCACAUUGUGGGGUCAGGCUCAGAUGUGGGCAUAUGUAAACAUGCUAAAGAGUACAUAUGGGAUUCAAGCAGGAUUACCAACCCCUGCCCAUUCUAUUUGGGUUUUUCUUUUGACUUUUCAAACUGCCUCAGGCCAUAUAUGUCCUAUUCUCACUUAAAGAUCAAAGUGUAAUGAUUGACUCCCCACCUUAGCCCUAACCCUGCAAAACGUGGGAUACCAGCCCACGUGGUACCAGGAUUUUCACUUCAAAGAAUAAUUUUGUUAAGCCAGAAGGCCUAAGGAGCUCAUACCCCUGUCCCAGCAACCUACAUCAGGGAUCCUUUAUGCCCAGAACCCUUUCUGUGUGAGGCACAGGGGGAUAUGCAGAGAACACUGGUGGGCUGUAGGUUUUGUUUGUUUUGAGGUACAGUCUCACUAUAGCCCAGCUGACCUGGAA